AAAAAAAGGCAAACAUAGUAAACAAGGUUUUUCUCUCCAAGGAGCUCAUUAAUUAUAAACAAAUAUUAUUUAAUUAUUUAUUUAUUAUCACUUGGAAUUGCUUUUGAAGCAGAUUCAAACCAGUGCUACUACUAUAAAUAAAUGAUCACUAAUCAUAUAACCAUAUAUAUAUAUAUAUAUAUAUAUCUUAGUGAUACUCCUCGUUAGGACGAACUCUAUAUGGGUGCACAACCAUUAGCAAAGCUUCCUGCUAUUGAUUUCUCAAAAGAGAAUUUGAAGCCAGGAACAAGUUGUUGGUCCUCUACAGCCAUUGAUGCUCGACAAGCACUCGAACAAUACGGCUGUUCCGUGGCAAAAUAUGAUAAAAUGUCUCCGCAACUUCAUGAUUCAAUCUUCAGAGAAUUAAAAGAGCUUUUCGAUUUGCCAACCGAGAUUAAGAUGAAAAACAUUUCCGAUAAGCCUUACUUCGGUUAUGCUGCUGGAAACUCUGCUACGACUCCUCAUGUCCCUUCGCUCCAUGAAAGCUUGGGAAUCGAAAACACAACCACUCUUGAAGCUGUUCAAAGUUUCACAAAUCUCAUGUGGCCUGCAGGAAAUCAUAGUUUCUGUGAAACUGUUCUUUCGUACACAAAACUAGUAGCAGAGUUGGAACAGAUGGUGAAGAGAAUGGAUUUUGAAAGUUAUGGUGCAGAGAAGUACUAUGAUUCUCACGUUGGAUCGACCACUUAUUUGCUCCGGCAAAUCAAAUACAGAGCGCCGGAGAUAGACGAAUCGGAUGUCGGGUGUGAGAUCCAUACAGACAAGAGCUUCAUAACCAUACUUCAUCAAAAUGAGGUUGAGGGUUUUGAACUCAAAACUAAAGAUGGUUAUUGGAUUGGAUUUGAACCUUCUCCUUCUUCCUUCCUUGUCUUAGCAGGAGAUGCAUUUCUGGCAUGGAGUAAUGAUAGAAUACAUUCAGCUGCGCAUAGAGUAGUGAUGAAGGGAAGCAGAGAAAGAUUCUCAGUGGGGGUAUUUUCGUACCAUAAUGGAAUUAUAGAGAUCCCUGUGGAGGUAGUUGAUGAACAACACCCAUUGAAGUUCAAGGCCUUCGAACAUUAUGGAUUACUUAAUUACUUUUAUACGGCACCGGGUCCUAAAACCGACUCUACGGCUAAGGCCUACUGCGGUCUUUGAUAAUUUUCGAUUUAAUAUUAGUUAAUCUCUUAUGGCUUCUCUAUAUGUUUUCUAAUCAAUAAAAAUCAUUAGUUUUAAGGAAAUACCGUAUAACUGCUAUAGAUAUAUGUAUAUGUAUAUAUAUAUAUAUAUAUAUAUAUAGUGCGUCUACAAUGCUGAAAGACCGCAUUCUAUCCAUCUGAACCAAAAACGUAAUUUUAUUUUUGACCGUUCUAUUAAAACCAACAGUGCAGAUCAAAAUCACAAAUUUCCUCUCAAAAAUUCAUUCCCACGUGCUGAGAACAUCUUCUACAGCCUUCCCUUCCCUUCAUCUUCUGCUACCACCAUUCCACCUUUCUUUAUUUCCUCUUCUCCUUUGUCUCCUCUAUCUUUUUUUUUUUUUUUUCCUUAAAUAAAAUCUUGGCGACGUCCUAGACCUUCCGAAACCUACCGCCCAAGAUUUCGAAACCCACCGUCCAGGAUCCCAAAACCAGGCCACCGCCUUGGCACAAUCCCAAAUCCAAUCCACUGCCAGAUUUUAUUUUUAAAAAAAGACAAAGAAGACAGAGGAGAAGAGGUAAUGAAGAAAGGUGGAACAGUGGAAGCAGAGAAAAAGAAAAGGAGAAGGGAAGGAAAGGAUGUGGGAGGGAAAAAUUUCAAGUAUUACUGGAGUGUGGAGUACUCAGAACUCAGCAUUCUUUAAAUGCCAUAUGUAUUAUCUUUUUCCAAGUAAUAAAAGCCUUGUUAUUCCA